GUAGCGGGUACCUCGUUAUUGGCGGCGGAGCGCACGGGCGUGUAAGUGCAGGCUACUUUGGCUGCUGGGCCUCGUUACUCCAGGCUGAACCGCCUUACGCAGAGCUCCUGCUGCUUCCCAGCAUCACUCGUGCCUCCAAAUCGCCAACCUCUAUCUCAACAUAACCCACCUCGAAAUUCCACAGCGAACCGAAACAUACAAGACAGCCCCGACCCGAGUUUUUGAAUCGUAUAAACAGCUGCCAUCGAUUUUUAUUGUUGCUCGACAACGAGUCUAUUAAGAUGGGUCUCGAGGCGGUAAUGAUCGUGGUGGAUAAUAGCGAAAGCAGCCGGAACGGCGACUACACACCCACGCGCUUCGACGCCCAGGCCGACGCAGUCAACAUCAUCUUCCAAAAUGUUGUACAAGGCAACCCCGAGUCCUCGGUCGGCCUGAUGAGCAUGGGCGGCAAGGGCCCCGAGGUACUAGUGACGCUCACGACGGACCAGGGCAAGAUUCUGGACGGCCUGCACCGAACUAAGAAGAAGAUCCGCGGCUCUGCGCACCUUGCGACAGGCAUUCAAGUAGCAGGCUUGGCGCUCAAACACAGGCAGAACACCUCGCAACGGGCACGCAUCAUUGUCUUCGUCUGCUCGCCUAUCGAGGAGGUUGAGGGCGACCUGGUCAAGCUGGCAAAGAAAAUGAAGAAGAAUAACAACAACGUCGACUUUGUGCUCUUUGGCGACAUCGACGAUGAGAACCACCAGAAGCUCGAGGCGUUCAACCGCGAGGUCAAGGGCAACAGCGAAGGGUCGAACCUCGUCGUCUUUCCGCCCAACGGUAAGCUACUUAGCGACCAGCUUAUCUCGUCGUCGAUCCUGCUGGGCGAGCAUGCCAGCAGCAGCGACGGUGCGGGAGGCGGCGCCGGUGGCGAUGCCGCGGGCGGCGCCUCGUCCGAGGACUUCCCGUUCGGCAUCGACCCGUCCAUCGAUCCGGAACUUGCCCUGGCGCUGCGCAUGAGCAUGGAGGAGGAGAAGCUACGGCAGGAGAAGCGGGAUCGCGAGGAGGCGGAAGCGGCGAAGAAGGCGUCAGGCCUGGAGAGUGUCAAGGAGGAAGAGGGCGAGUCAGAGCCGCUGCUAGGCAAGGACGGCGAGCCGAGCGGGAGCAAAGGCGACGAGAAGGACAGCGGCAGCAGCAAGGACGACGAUAAGAUGGAUACCUCAUGAUUUGUUUUGCUUAUUGCGCGAGGUUUUCUCAGCGGCGUCCGGUCCUCCCCUUGGACUCAUUGUAGAAUAGAAUUUGCUUGGCAUUAACUUGGAACGGGAGCGGUAAGCUUUUCUGGCCAAACCACAUGAAAAGCUCGCUUC